UUUUUUACUUCACUAUUUCUUGAACAGAGCUAAGCUCCUUGUACUAAGAUUCACAUUCCAAAUCGAAUCCCAAUCAAAUUCUGUCAGAAGAAAAAUAAAGUGAGACAGACAAAGAGAGCAGAAAUGGAAAACGAAACCAAUGAAAAACUGGAAAUAAAAGGAGUUCCAACACAUGAGGGGAAAUAUGUAGAGUACAAUGUACUAGGUAACUUCUUUGAGGUUACAUCAAAGUACAUCCCUCCUAUUCAACCUGUCGGCCGUGGCGCUUACGGCAUGGUCUGUUGUGCUACAAAUUCGGAGACGAAGGAGGAGGUAGCAAUCAAAAAAAUUGGGAAUGCAUUUGAAAAUAGAAUUGAUGCGAAAAGGACCCUUCGCGAGAUCAAACUUCUUUCUCACAUGGAUCAUGAAAAUAUCAUCAAAAUAAAAGAUAUAGUAAGACCACCAGACAGAGAGGAAUUCAAUGAUGUGUACAUUGUGUAUGAAUUAAUGGAUACUGAUCUGCAUCAGAUAAUACGCUCUUCACAAGCACUGACAGAAGAUCACUGCCAAUACUUUCUCUAUCAAUUAUUACGUGGACUCAAGUAUGUACAUUCAGCUAAUGUCCUCCACCGGGAUCUGAAACCUAGCAACUUACUACUCAACGCAAACUGUGACCUCAAGAUUUGUGAUUUUGGGCUAGCUAGAACCACUUCAGAGGCGGAUUUUAUGACAGAGUAUGUUGUCACCCGAUGGUAUAGGGCACCGGAGUUACUACUCAAUUGUACUGAAUAUACUGCAGCAAUUGAUAUAUGGUCAGUUGGUUGCAUUCUGAUGGAACUCAUAAAGAGAGAACCUCUUUUUCCAGGCAGAGACUAUGCUCAGCAAUUGGGGCUUAUCAUUGCGCUAUUAGGUUCGCCAGAGGAUUCUGAUCUUGGAUUCCUAAGGAGUGAUAAUGCUAGGAAGUAUGUAAAGCAUCUCCCUCGAGUUCCAAGACAACCCUUUUCCCAGAAGUUCCCGGAUGUGUCCCCUUUAGCUCUUGAUCUUGCUGAAAGGAUGCUGGUUUUUGAUCCAGCUAAACGCAUAACUGUUGAGGAUGCAUUGAAUCAUCCAUUCUUGAUAAGUCUCCAUGAGAUAAACGAGGAACCUGUUUGCGAUUCUCCUUUCAACUUUGACUUUGAACAAGCAUCUCUAAGCGAGGAUGACAUAAAGGAGCUCAUAUGGAACGAGGCUCUAAAGUUUGAUCCUAAUACAAUGAAGUGAUUUCAUACUAUAUUUCCUCAAUUGCUGGUUUCAUCGAUGUAUUGAGUGUGAUUUGGCUUUGGCAGGUUAGCCAAUUGUAACAUCUGCUUUAUUUUUCUUUUAAGCUGAGCUUGGAGAGUUUGGUUUGCCUCCCUUCAUACACGGGGUUGUUAUAGGGGAGUGCAUAAUUAUUGGAUUCAUAUUCUACUCAAGAAUCCUUCCCCCUCAAAAUUUUAUGUAAAAAGGAAGUCUUGUUCUGUUUACAAACCUGAAACUCUUUGUAAACAGAUCAUGAGAUAGAAAACCAGUUAGUAUGAAAAAGAAAUUAAUUAAUUAUGCUUUUGCGUAUAUGUUGUUGUAUAAGAAACCGACAAUACCAGUGGUGUUGAUACUUCAAUUUUGAUUUGCUCUUUGCCUUGAA